AUGCAACCAGAUCUAUGCUCAUUAGCAGAGAAAAUAUGGACUGAAAUCCAGAAAUUAGAGCGGCUUCGUGUGCUUGAGCUGAUCAAGAACCCUCCGAUCCUUCAUGAUGCAGUGAAAGUAGGGAACGUCGAGCUUAUAACUAUGCUUACCAGCACUUACCCCGAUCUUUUAUGGGACACAGACAGCGUCGGAUAUACUAUAUUCCACAUUGCUGCCAUAUAUCGACAAGAAAUUGUGUUCGGACUCAUUCACGAAACAGGAGCUGCAAAACAUUUCAUUGCAAUCUCACAAGACCAAAAUGGUGACAACAUUUUGCCUUUAGCUGCCAAGUUAGCACAUCCAAAUGCAAGGAGGAUCGUCACCGAAUCCGCUAUUGAAAUGCAAAGGGAGAUAGUUUGGCUCAUGGAAGUUGAGGCGAUUGUACCACCACCGUGUUUGGAGACUCCGCAAGAGUUAUUCUCAAAGGAGCACGAAAGCUUGCAAGAGAAGGCGGAAACAUGA